AAAGUCCGACCCGUGGCUCCGACGUGACACUGUGCCUCGGGGUUUUCUGAGCUGCAGCCGAACAUCACGGCGAGGCUCCGGAUGUCUUCCCUCCCGGUGAGACGCGGCGCCCACGGGGUGAUGCACUGCGGGAGCGUCGCCUUGGCCGUCAUCGCCCAGGUGAUCUCAGACGUCUUCUGUUACCUGGCGAAGGAAAGCAACGUGCCCAACGCCCUGUUUGCGACCUCGUCCAGGAAUGUGAGCGAGACCUUCCCCCUGGAGGUGACCAUGGACCGGUGGUCCGACGGCUGCUGGCUCAUCAUCGACUUGUGGUCCAAGGGAUGGCUCUUGUAUGCAGUGGUCAACAUAAUCAUAAGAACAGACCUCGGCCCUGAAAUCCACCCCCCGGUAUUCUAUCUGACGUGGACCACGGUCAACGUGGCGAGGAUGUGCUUGAUGUAUCUAUGGGACAAACACGAUCUACUCGGGGCCGUCCUACUGGGGUGGGUCCCCCCACUCCUCGCCUUCUACAUGCUCUACGUGUCCUGUUCUAACCUCAGCAAGCACGAGGCCUGGCUGGCCAUCAACAGGCCCCGCGUGAUCUCCUGGACGCGCUACCUGACCCAGAACGGCCUGGCGGCGUUUGCCUGGUGGUCUCUGCUGAACGCCGCGCUGGGUCUCGGCAUCGCGCUCAAGUACGAGGCCCGCGUGCCCGACCCGCUGUCUAGCACCGCCGUCCUCACCGCCGUCUCCUCCUGCACCGUAAUGUGGUUUGUCCUGCAGAGCUGCCUGUUGGCCAAGCACAUGCGCUACGUAUUCAGCGUUUAUGCCAUUCUCAUCCUGGGCCUGGGCGCCAUGUUCACCAGAAGCUACCGCGUCCACGACCUCGCCGCCAACACAGUCUAUUGUGGUUUCCUAAUGCUCCUGAUGACCAUCAUGAACUCCAUCCACUCCAUCUCCACGUGUCUGCGCGCCGAUCAGUCAAACAAACCCGUUGGCGCGGAGCCGUCCCGUGAGGCGGUGUGGCACACCGACCUCAGGGGCCCCGCCGCCAAGAUCUGAGUCUCACUUUGACGUGAAGAAAUCCAUCAAACGGAUCCAAUCACCAUCGAGCAGGUGUGCACUUUACGUUAAUCACCAGGAGGGAGCAGCACAGCUACAUGCUGAGACCCCGACACGGCUCCAAAGGAGAAACCUGCAUUUGAUCGUUUCACAAGAGCAGAUGUAUCAUCAGGAGAGGUUCAUAGCUCGUAGUGCUUUUGUUUUUGUUUUGUUUUUAGGCCAAAUUGCAUCUUUGUCUUCUGAAAUAAAGGAUGGAAACAAACCAUUGCACACUGGAGCUCUCGGUCACAAACCCAACCAUAA